GACCCACUCUCAGAUCCACCCCAACUCGCGGAGACCGAGCCCAGUCCAGCGAUGCCGCCGCCGCCGCAGGCGAACGGGGGGAAGGUGACCCCGAACCUGGCGAUGGACGCCGAGGCCACGCGCAUGCUCAACCUCACAGUCCUCCAGCGCCUCGACCCCGCCGUCGAGGACAUCCUCAUCACCGCCGCGCACGUCACUCUCUACGACUUCAACAUCGACCUCAACCAGUGGAGCCGCAAGGACGUGGAAGGGUCGCUGUUCGUCGUCAAGAGGAACUCCCAGCCGAGGUUCCAAUUCAUUGUCAUGAACAGGCGCAACACUGAUAAUUUGGUGGAGGAUUUAUUAAGCGAUUUUGAAUAUGAACUUCAGCCACCAUAUUUGCUGUACCGAAAUGCUUCCCAAGAAGUAAAUGGUAUUUGGUUUUAUAACCAACAUGAUUGUGAAGCUGUCGCAAGCCUUUUUGGAAGAAUAUUGAAUGCUUAUGCAAAGGUGCCUCCAAAACCAAAAGUGCCUACCACAAAAAGUGAGUUUGAAGAACUGGAGGCUGUUCCAACAUCUGCUGCUAUAGAUGGCCCCCUGGAACCUCCGCUGUCAUCCACAGCUGUAGUUUCUAAUGCACCUGAUGAAUCGCUGGUGAAUUACUUCAACGGUGCUGCUAGCAUUGGGAGCGUACCAAGUGCACAAAUGGCUGGCAGAGCACAUCCAUCGAAUGAUACGGUCACACCUUCCCAUGUGCCACUGAUUGUUCCAUCUGCUACUCCAACACAUCAAAUGUCUCAUCCUUUAGGGGGUUCAUCUGCUCCACCACUUCCUCUCCAUGACACAAAUCCGCAUGCCAGUCAGUCUGCAAAUCUUCUAACACCAGCUUUCUUUGCACCACCACCACCCUCUUCAACAUCUGUGACACCACCUGCUUCAUCCAUGAUGCCUACAGCACCACCUCUUCAUCCGACUUCAACAGCUGCUCAACAUCCUUCAUAUGGCACUCCCUUACUCCAACCUUUUCCCGCACCGUCUCCACCUCCUUCCCUGACCCCUGCACACAACGAUGGACUUGUUAUUUCAAGGGAUAAAGUUAAGGACACCCUCCAGAGACUUGUUCAGAAUGACGAGUUCAUCGAUUUGAUAUAUCGUGAGUUACAAAGUGUGCACAUGUAGACUGCUGCUCACUAGUCUGUACGGAGUUUGUCUAAACCACCGAUAGUCUUAUGGAGCUGCUCGUCGCGACAAAGAUCGCCUCCCUGUUUUUCUUCUUGUGAGUUUUGUAUGAUUUAUUUCUUAUAAACCUGUGCAUAGUUUGUUUUAAUGUAGAGUGCUUAUAGCAGUGCUUGGUAAGCAUUUAUCCUGCUGGUUUCCAAAUAACUGGAUUGUCGUAUAGUAUUUAUAUGUAACUGAGCACCAAGAAUGUUAGAUUCCCGCGAUGCCCAUUCUGGGGCAUCUCGGUUUUGUAAAACAGGACUUGUGCAGGAUUUAAAUGCCAUAUUUUUCGUGU